GUGUCGCUCUUGUAAGCGCAGCAGCAGCAGCAUUCAACACAGUAUUACUUUGGCAUUAUUGAACCUCUCCGCGCGCCUUUACUACAUCGCUCCAAAAUGCUUCAUCUGCUCGCCGGACUCAUAUGCAUCUAUGCACCGACGUGUGUAAAAGUUGCAUAUGGACAGAAUGAAAAAGGUGAGCGCUUUCUAUGUACUGCAGUCCCCAUUGACAAGGAUACAAGUUGCCCCGUGCAGUCUCUGCCUGUUCAGAGCGCAUCGGUCCAGGAGAGAAAUCAACAGCAAAUGCGAGCCAAUAUCUCUGGUGCCUCCUUUCCUAAUGAGCUGAGAAAUCUACUGCAGCGUAGACUGGAGGACUUGGAAAAUCAACUGCUCAAGAAGGUCAGUGAGCUUGAGGAAGAAAAGUCCCAGCUAUAUAAUGAGACCGUCGCUCAUCGCCAGCGCACUGACAGUACUCUCAACUCUCUCAUGAACAGGAUCUCUGAACUGGAGAAAGGAGGAGCUGGGUUUAAAUCACCAGAGAAUUUCAAGAUCUCUCUUCCUCUUCGCACAAAUUACCUUUUUGGACAAGUAAAGAAAAGCCUGCCAGAAAUGUACGCCUUCACUAUCUGCAUGUGGCUGAAGUCAGGUUCGAGCCCCGGCAUUGGAACCCCGUUUUCCUAUGGAGUGCCUGGACAGGCAAAUGAGAUUGUACUGAUCGAAUGGGGCCAUAACCCUAUAGAACUGCUCAUCAAUGACAAGGUGGCACAACUACCUCUAUCACUGAGCGAUGGGAGGUGGCACCAUAUCUGCAUCACUUGGACUACCAGGGAUGGGCUUUGGGAAGCCUACCAGGAUGGCCAAAGAUUGGGAUCAGGAGAAAAUCUGGCCCCCUGGCACCCUAUCAAGCAGGGAGGAGUCCUCAUCCUGGGCCAAGAGCAGGAUGUAGUAGGGGGGCGCUUUGAUGCAACCCAGGCCUUUGUGGGGGAACUGAGCCACUUUAAUAUCUGGGAUCGGGUCCUGCGCUCCACGGAUAUCAUUGCCAUGUCAAACUGCUCAUCCUACAUGCCUGGGAAUGUGGUGGCCUGGACUGACAGUAACAUUGAAGUGUUUGGUGGAGCAUCAAAGUCGCCGCUGGAGCUAUGCGAAGAUCGGCUAUUUGACAAUUAAAGGUGUUUGCGGAUAUUAGUGAACGAUAUUAAAGGGACAGUUCACCCAAAAAUGAAAAUUACCCAAUGAUUUACUCACCCUCACGCCAUCAUUGGUGUGUAUGAAGUUCUUCUUUCAGAAUACAAAAAGAGUUUUUGUCUGAAAGAAGAAAGUUAUAUACACCUAGGAUGGCUUGAGGAUGAGUAAAUCAUGGGGUAAAUUUCAUUUUUUGGGUCAACUAUCCCUUUAAAUCCUUUUUAUCCUCAAAAAAGAUUCAUCACUUAAACAAA